AUGUAUCAGGCACACUGUGAUCUUAAAAUGGCAGAGAGAUGUUUCCGUUUAGCAUUAGCAACAGACGUUAAUCACGCAGAAUCUUUAGUUAAUUUAGGCAUUUUAAGAAUGCAGCAACACAAAAUAACAGAGGCUCUGAACCUUUUCCAGUCAGCAACUCAAAAAGGGUCUCAUUUAUACGAGGCACAUUACAAUUAUGCUUUGCUGCUAUAUGAGAUGGGUAAUUAUGCAGAAUGUCACAAUUCGUUGAAACGAGCAAUUGAACUCUUUCCAGAACAUUUUUAUUCAAAGAAGCUUCUUCAAAAAGUUGAAACGAUACUUAAAAGUUGA